AUGGCGACCGCUCAAGCAGAGAAGCCCGCCGUGGUUUGUGUGUUUUGCGGCUCCGUAUCCGGCAAUGAUGCCGCUCACAUGGAGACCGCGCGCGCUCUGGCACACGAGCUCCACCGAAACAACGUACACCUUGUCUACGGCGGCGGCACGCGGGGUCUGAUGGGCGAAGUGGCGCGGACGCUGGUAUCGCUAUCAGGCCCGCAAGCCGUGCACGGGAUCAUUCCGCGAGCGCUGGUGCGGAUCGAGGAAGGAUACGACCAGACGAAGAGCGACGAGUCGACGACGGCGGCCGACGGCAAGGAGGCCGAGCGGGUGGUGACGGACUCGACGGCGGCGUCGGAGUACGGCAUCACGACGAUCGUGCCGGACAUGCAUACGCGCAAGCGCCUGAUGGCGACUAAGGUGGGCGAGGGCGGGCCCGGGUCAGGCUUCGUCUCGUUGGCCGGCGGGUUCGGGACCAUCGAGGAGGUGAUGGAAAUGACGACCUGGAAUCAGCUGGGUAUUCACCAGAUGCCGGUCGUGCUGCUCAACGUCAACGGGUACUGGGAUGGGUUGCUGACCUGGGUCAAGAACGCCGUCCGCGAGGGAUACAUUGGGGAGGCGAACGGCGAUAUCCUCGUCGAGGCGAAGACCGUCGCCGAGGUGUGGCCGCGCCUGACCGGGUACAAGGUCAGCAAUGGUAGAAUGCAGCUGGAUUGGUCCGAUGAGUAA